AUGGACCUCCUGCUGGCGGGGGAUGCGGGCGACAUAGGGCUGGUGCGAGAGCUGAUGAAGGCCCCCAGGGCCGACGUCAACAAGGCCUUCUCGCACGCCAAGUUCAACAAGCGCAGCACGGCGCUGCACUACGCGAGCAGGUCGGGCCAUCUCGCCCUGGUCAAGGUGCUUGUGGACGAGUUCGGCGCGAACAUCGACGCCCGCGAGAAGGAAGACUGGACCCCCGUCUACUACGCCGCCAACAACGGGUUUGUCCCCUGCCCUCCUGGAAACUAA